UUCAAACAUUGUUUUCCUACCAUGUGGCAAUCCUAACCUCAACUAAGGAACCGUUUUGUUUUCAGAUCCAACAAAAUGACCAACUCAAAGGGUUACCGCCGCGGUACCAGGGACCUGUUCUCCCGCAAAUUCAAGAAACGUGGAGUCAUCCCACUCUCCACGUACAUGAAAGUCUACAAAGUCGGAGACAUUGUAGACGUCAAGGGAAACGGAGCCGUACAGAAAGGUAUGCCCCACAAAGUGUACCACGGAAAGACAGGCCGAGUCUUCAAUGUAACAGCACACGCCCUAGGAGUUAUUGUAAACAAGAGGGUGCGCGGCAAAAUCAUCCCCAAAAGGAUCAACAUUCGCAUUGAACAUGUUAUUCACUCCAAGUGUAGGGAAGACUUCUUGCAGAGAGUGAAGUCCAAUGAGAAAUUGCGUAAGGAAGCUAAGGAGAAGGGAGUUCAUGUUACCCUGAAGAGACAACCUGCCCAGCCUAGGCCUGCACAUAUUGUCAGUGGGAAGGUGCCUGCUAUGCAGUUGGCUCCCAUUCCAUAUGAGUUUAUUGCUUAGGUUAAAGAAUAUUUUAUAAAGAUAACAUUAAAAACACUUUGAAGUGGACUAUUCUGUUUGUUUAUUGCCCACAUUUUAUUGGAAAACAAGGUAUUUCAAUGAAUCAUUUUUGAAAGC